AUGACCAUAGUAGCAAAUCUCAACGUUCCGAGCGGCGUCGUCACCGGCGACCACGUGCGCAAAAUUUUCAACCACGCGCGCGAACACGGCUACGCGAUCCCCGCGGUGAACUGCACGUCUUCAAGCACGUGCGUCGCGGUGCUCGAGGCAGCGAAAGCCGCCGGGUGUCCCGCAAUGAUCCAAUUCUCACACGGCGGCGCCGCGUUUUUCGCGGGUAAGGCGCAAGACAACACCGCGAACCGCGCCUCGAUCGCUGGAGCGGUCGCUGGCGCGCUCUACGUGCGCAGCAUCGCGCCGAGCUACGGCGUGCCGGUGAUUCUGCACUCGGACCACUGCGCGAAGAAGAUCCUCAGCUGGCUGGACGGCAUGCUCGAGGCCGACGAACAGUACUUCAAGGCGCACGGCGAGCCGCUGUUCAGCUCGCACAUGAUCGACCUGUCGGAGUGCUCGAAAGAAGAGAACAUUGCGACGUCCUUCAAGUACUUGCAGCGCUGCGCGAAGAUCAACUGCUUGCUCGAGAUGGAAAUCGGAAUCACCGGCGGCGAAGAGGACGGCGUGAACAACGAGGGCGUCGACAACGCCGCGCUCUACACGCAGCCGGAGGACAUUUUCGACAUCUUCUCGAAGUUCUCGACCGUAACCGACCUGUUCAGCAUCGCCGCGGGCUUCGGCAACGUGCACGGCGUCUACAAGCCGGGGAACGUCAAGCUGCACCCCGAGCUGCUCAAGAAGCACCAGCAGUUCGUCAAGGCGAAAACCGGCUCGAAACUCGACAAGCCGGUCUACUUCGUGUUCCACGGCGGCAGCGGCUCGACGCCCGCAGAGAUCAAGGAAGCCGUGCAGAACGGCGUCGUCAAGAUGAACAUCGACACCGACACGCAGUGGGCUUACUGCUGCGGGCUGCGCGACUAUUUCGAGAGCAAGAAGGAGUACGUCAAGACGCAGGUCGGCAACCCGGAGGGCGCAGACAAGCCCAACAAGAAGUACUACGACCCGCGCGUCUUCAUCCGCAAAGCCGAAGAAUCGAUGGUUGCGCGCGUCAUGCAGGCCUACCGCGACCUGCAGGCGCUCAAAUAA